UAUAAAUUCAAGCAAAGCACAUAGCGCCGGCAUUUCUUGCCUCAGUUAGCAAACCGAAACUACUAAACUGCUCGCAAAUGCGCAAAUGGCACAUCGUAAUAUUAUUUUAUUUAGUGACACGUGGCCAAGGCCUUAAAAACAAUGAUUCGGCGGAGAAGAAAUUAUUUACGAAUUUCUUCAAGCAAAUCGAUUCUCUGUCAGAAGACCUAUUUGCACACCAAAAAUCCCUCUUUAUUCAACAUCAGCUAUGCACCAAUGGUUCGCUUCAAGAGGAGGGUGACUUUGCUUGCAUUCCCCUCAAUCAAUAUUAUACGACGGGAGAUGGGAAAAUAUCCUUGAUGCUGAAUUGCACAAUUGGAGCCCAAACAAACGUCAUAGUUCCUUUACCAACAAAUGGAACAUACCCAACCCUUUCAGAGAGCUUUGUUGGGAAUCCACAGAUCCCAAACCUGCCUCCGUGUGCCUAUCCAUUUCCCAAACACCAAGCUCCAGACUUUCUGAAGUAUCCGUACACGGGAUAUCCAUGUCAUCCCCUAAAUCCAUGGUACCCACCACGGAACCCCAGUGUACCACCCUUGAUUCCGCCGAAUCAAGGAGCGGAAUUUUCUGUACUACCAGGAUUUCCCCCAUAUCCACUUCCACCUGGAAACCUGCUACCCCCAAGUCCACGAUGGCCUGACCGGGAAGUGUCUAUUCCACCUGGAAGUCUGUAUCCCCCACCCACAAUUAAUGGAUGGCCUGCACCACCAGCACCUCCAGUUUGGCUGCCAACUCCCCCUCGAGGAGUACCUGCACCUCCACCUCAAGGACCAGGACAAGGAACAGGACAUGGCCCACCACCCCAAGUUGUAUAUCCACCAGGAUCGCCAAUUCCCCCUCAAGUACCUCCUGCACCUCCACACUUGAUUCCACCUCAAGGACCAGGACAAGGCCCACCAGCCCAAGUUGGUUAUCCACCAGGACCGCCGAUUCCCCCUCCUGGAGUACCUGAACGUGGGAUACAAAAUUCCAAACAUUUCGGUGUAGACCUCUCUAGCUUGCAAAACAUGAACAUACUUCAAGUAUUUCCUGGUUAAUCUUGAGUAGUAAGUAAGAACCAAUGUAAAGUCUUCAAGCUUUUGCCAAAACUUAUCGACUGAAGUUCUGACGUUUAAUAUUUUAAACGAGAAAAUUAAAAAUGAAUUAACUAUUAGA